GCCGCCGCCAUCCUCAGAGAGAGAAAAGAGAAGAAGAAGCUCCUUAGAUAGGCAAAGAUGAAGAUGUUGGCCGAGGAGCAGGCGGCGAAGAAGAAGAAGUUGGAGGAGGAGAUGAAAAAAUUGCAACAAGAAGAGGAGGAGAGAAUGACGGCUGCGGUAGAGGAAGAGGUUGAAGAGGAGGCGCAGCCCGAAGAAGAGCCCCUCAGAAGGAGAAGACUGGGGGAAGGAGAAGGAAGCAGUGGCACGAAGGAGGAUGACCCGUGGGUGGAAAAGAGGAUAUCUGAAUGGGUGGCAAAUUUAUCAUUGGGAGAAGACGAGGAGGCAAUGCUGUAUAUACCUCAGGAGGAGAAGGAAGCAGCAAUUAGGGAGAUCAAGGCGACAAGCGAUCCUCUAGAACACCAGGCCAUAGAAAAUGAGAAGAGGUUGGACUGGAAGUUGCGCCUGGCAAGGGAGAAGAAGAGGAGAACAUAGGAAGCCAACAGGAUGGCCAGAGAAGUGGAAGGUUUACAAACAUGUAGACAAGAAGUAGAGGCCCAGCCUGACAUUCAGGCUAAAUUAGACAAGAUCCUUGGGAGCAUCGAGAUCCUAGGCAGGGCCUGAACCGAACAUCAUCAAUCUGUUAGGGCCCAAGAUAUGGCCCUCCACUCCAUCCGGUCUGGUUUCAAGGACUUCGUGCGGGAUGUAAUGACACAUGUUGGGACAACAAAAGUUAGGAAGCCAA